GGUACAGAAUGGAGAUGGAAGAUGGACGAUCCAAAUACUGUUUUCCAAGGAGCUCUAGAUAACCAUGUGGGCUUAAUCAAACAGUUCAAAGGUGUCCCUGGAGUAAAACCAGAAAGAUUUGCAGAAGGUUAAGAACCUCAAUACUGUGCCUUGUCCUUAGUAGGUGAACCUAUCAUGUACCCAGAAAUCAACAGAUUCAUAGAACUACUUCAUGGAAAAGGCAUCUCAUCCUUCUUAGUUACUAAUGCACAAUUUCCUGAUGCAAUAAACAAUCUGGUUCCCGUUACACAGUUAUAUGACAGUAUUGAUGCCAGUACAAAAGAAAGUUUAAAAAAAAUAUAUCGUCCAUUAUUCAAAGACUUCUGGGAAAAGUUUAUAGACAGUUUAAAAGCUUUAAGUGCUAAACGUCAAAGAACUGUAUAAAGAUUAACAUUAGUAAAAGCAUGGAAUACUGAUGAACUCGAUAAUUAUGCUGAAUUAGUGUCACUUGGAAAACCAGAUUUUAUAGAAAUUAAGGGUGUAACUUACUGUCGAGAAUCCAAAGCCUCUAGCUUGACCAUGCAAAAUGUCCCCUGGCAUGAGGAAGUAGUACAUUUUGUCAAACAGCUCACAGAUAGAUUGGAUGAAUACGAGAUAGCUUCUGAGCAUGAACAUUCCAACUGUAUACUUAUUGCUAAUACUAAGUUUAAAGUGGAUGGUGAAUGGUGGAUGUGGAUAGACUACCCCAAAUUUCAUCAGUUAGUUAAGGGCUUUAAUGAAUCACAAAAGACAUUCUCUGCUGAAGAUAAUAUGGCUAAGACUCCAUCAUGGGCUGUGUUUGGAGCAAAGGAACAAGGCUUUGACCCUGUGGAGACCACAUUCUUCAGGAAAAAACAGAAAGAUGUUUGAGGAUGCUGAUAUUUGCAUAUGUUUUAUAC